AGAUAAAAUUGCCACAUAAGCACCACGUCAAUGCUAUGUGGGACGAAGACAUAGUCAAACCAGCCACAUAGAUGCCACGUUAACCAAAACCGCAUUCCAAACCGCCGAGUGACCUCGUUUGCACCGGUUUUGAUAGUUCAGAUACAAGUUGUAUCUAGUUUUGGGGAGAAAAAGUGGAUUCGGAUAAAGUUAAGGGACCUGAAAUGAACUUAUUCUGCAAAAAAAUCCCCCCGGCUGGGGCCCUAUAAGAGGUAAUGAGGCCCAUUUACACAUUGUGGUGGUUCCUUUCCACCCUCUCAUCAGUUUGCCCACACAGCCGCCGCUUCCUCUCCCAGGCCGCGUGCACCGUCGCGGCCGCCUCCCCACGCCGUCGCCCUGCUCCCUUGCCAACUAUUCCCCCGCUGGCCGCCGCUGCCCCAUGCCACCAUACCUCGUCUUCAAGCGACGUCGAUUCUAAUCAUCAUCAUCCUUCUGCCGUUCUUCAACCACUUCCGAGGGGAAACGGGCUGAAGUGGGGAGAUGGUGCUGCGGCGGGCUACUGCGGCGGUGGGCGAUUGCCCGAAGAAGGUGGCGAAGCUGGUGGACCUGGUGAACCUUCCGACAGCCCUGAGGGAGUUCGCGGGGGGCCAGUCCCAGAUGUCCCACCUCUCUUUCUUCCUCCGCGUCUGGUCACAUAUCAAGAGCAACAACCUCCAGGACCCAUCUAAUAGGAACAUUGUAAACUGUGAUGACAAGCUGAAGACUGUAUUAUUGGGUAGGUCUAAAGUGGAGCUCUCUGAACUCCCAAUGCUUGUCAAGCUGCAUUUUCCCAAAUUUCCAAAGUCAUAAGAAUAUAAAAGUCACAGCUUUUAAUAACUAAAUUUUGUGGAAGCUGGUUUUAUUUCUUGUAUCCUCAGAUAAGCAGCAAAGUCAAUGUGAAUUUGUUUCCAAAAUGCCCGUUACUAUCAGCUAACAUGUGUGCAAUGAACGAUGCAGUUCUGUGACUCUUGAGUUCUGCCCACUCGAUAUAUGUAAUUUGUCAUGUUAGUAUCUUGUUGAAGAAACAGAACGAUAGAAGGAAAUCUGUGCUGCAUGAUUGCUGUCACUGUCUUUGAUAGCUUCGGAAUUGUGGAAUUGACCAGAAUUGAAUUUAAGAAGGCGGCUCUUGAAUGCAUGCUGG